CUGCUCUUCACUUCUUGAAGAAUCUGUCCAGACAGAGGUGCCCGGAAGCCAGACUCCCUAGCCCCAGCUCGUUCAUUGAUCGUUCCUCCUUGGCCUUUGAACACCAUGGCCAGUCCAAGAACCAGAAAAGUCCUUAAAGAAGUCAGGGCACAAGAUGAGAACAAUGUUUGCUUUGAGUGUGGUGCAUUCAAUCCUCAAUGGGUCAGCGUGACUUAUGGCAUCUGGAUCUGCCUGGAAUGCUCUGGGAGACACCGUGGGCUUGGGGUGCACCUCAGCUUUGUACGCUCAGUAACGAUGGACAAAUGGAAGGACAUCGAGCUUGAGAAGAUGAAGGCUGGUGGGAAUGCUAAGUUCCGUGAAUUCCUGGAAGCCCAGGAGGAUUAUGAGCCUAACUGGUCCUUGCAGGACAAGUAUAGCAGCAGAGCUGCAGCACUCUUCAGGGAUAAGGUGGCUACUUUGGCAGAAGGUAGAGAGUGGUCUCUGGAGUCAUCACCUGCACAGAACUGGACCCCACCUCAGCCCAAGAUGCUGCAAUCCACUGCCCACCGAUCAUCUGGCCAGCCACAGAAUGUGACUGCCUCUGGUGACAAGGCUUUUGAAGAUUGGCUGAAUGAUGACCUGGGCUCCUAUCAGGGUGCUCAGGAGAAUCGAUACGUAGGGUUUGGAAACACAGUGCCACCUCAAAAGAGAGAAGAUGACUUUCUCAACAAUGCCAUGUCAUCCUUGUACUCGGGCUGGAGCAGUUUCACGACUGGAGCGAGCAAGUUUGCUUCUGCAGCAAAGGAGGGUGCUACAAAAUUUGGAUCCCAAGCAAGUCAGAAGUUUUGGGGUUACAAGCAGCAGUCAGAGCCGGCUUCAGAGUUGGGCCACAGCCUGAAUGAGAAUGUUCUCAAGCCUGCACAGGAGAAGGUGAAGGAGGGAAGGAUUUUUGAUGAUGUGUCCAGUGGGGUCUCUCAGUUGGCAUCCAAGGUCCAGGGAGUUGGCAGCAAGGGAUGGCGUGAUGUCACUACUUUCUUUUCAGGGAAAGCUGAAGACAACUCAGACAGACCCUUAGAGGGCCACAGCUACCAAAACAGCAGUGGAGACAACUCCCAGAACAGCACCAUAGACCAGAGCUUCUGGGAGACCUUUGGGAGUUCUGAGCCCCCCAAGGCCAAGUCCCCAAGCAGUGACAGCUGGACCUAUGCAGAUGCCUCAACAGGGAGGAGGAGCUCGGACAGCUGGGAUGUUUGGGGCUCAGGUUCUGCAUCCAACAACAAGAACAGCAAUAGUGAUGGCUGGGAGAGCUGGGAGGGAGCCAGUGGGGAGGGGAGGGCAAAGGCCACCAAGAAGGCCCCCCCAUCGACAGCCGCCGAUGAUGGCUGGGACAACCAGAACUGGUAGGAGCCUUGCUGCACCUUGGCCCCAGCCCUGCUGGGAGACUGCUGUGUUUGCACUUUACCCUUCUUGUUCCUCCUUCAUUUGACCUCAGUGUGAAGACCGUGGCUCAGGCAGGGACAUGUCAUCCGUCUGCCUCUUGGGUCCUCUGAGCAGCCUUCCUGGACCCUGGGUUCUUGUGGCCCAGGCCCUGUCUCUGCAGCCUUGGGACAGCCUGGAACUGCCGUCCUGUGCAUUGUCAGCCAAGCCAGACAUCUGCUUUUGUUGAAGUCUUUUAAAACUUGAAAGAGUUGCUUAGUUCUUUUUUUUUUCUUGAAGAAGAUGCCAGGAGUCUCAGGCUGGACAAGAAAUGACAGAAGCAAUACUGGAGCUCACACUGCCACCGACGCCCUCACCUGAGUCCACGUCCUGUGGCCUGUGCUGUGAAACUCACUUUGUGACCCUCUGCCUUUCCCGCUUCAGCCUGCCCAGCCCUCAGUUUCAUGGGACAAACUCCACAGAUGGCCACACGCGGCAGCUUGGGUUCUGGUUCCUCCCUGAGCACCUGACUUGAACUUGGCCAGCCCUGGACAGCUCAGAAAUGAGGCAACGAGGGCCAAGAGGCUGGUAGUGUUUUCGGCACACCCGUCGCUCCCGCCCAGUACAGGGGAGCCUGAGUACGGAGGGUGGGCUCUGGUACCAACUCCACUGCCAGGGCUGGGACAUCUUGACAGGGGAGCCUCCAUCUAGGCAGGGCACCUGUUGGCACUUUGCCAGGUAUUGUGCCUACGGCAGCCCAGACUUUGUCCCAGCCUGUUCAGGGUGCUCAGGGUCAGAGCACACUUGGUCAUGUCUCCUUAGCAUGCAGCUGUCCCUCCAGACGGCCCCACCUCCCACCCCGUGGACUCUGUGGAACACUGCAGUUUGAGACCCAUUUGCUUUCAGUGGGUUUUGUGACAGCCUUUUCCUCCCAGGAUUCCGUGGCUGCUGUGUGCUGUGGCUGGAGAGCCCGGCUGGGUCUCUGUCUCCGUAAACCCACUCCUGUCUUGACCCUCAGUUUGACCAGCAGUGCAUGACCUGAA